UCUCUCUCUCUCUCUCUCUCUACUAUACUUUCUUUCGCCGGAAAACUGCUUUGGGUUUUUUUCUUUUCUUGCAAACCAAACAGCUGCCGGAGUCAAUGUGAUGGGAAGCGGAUUGUCGCAGCUAUGCCCUUGCUUUGUGCCGGCCAGCAGGACGGCGGUCGAGGAGCCGGAGGUGGUCUUCACGGCCUCCGAGCCCCUAGAUGAAACCCUAGGGCAUUCUUUUUGUUAUGUGCGCUCUUCCGCUAGGUUUUUGUCUCCGACGCAGUCCGAUCGGUUUGUGUCGCCUAGUCACUCGCUCCGGUUCUCGCCGUCGCACGAGCCGGUGGGGAGGGCGCGGGCUGGUCCGCCGGAGACCGGGUUCAAGGCCAUUUCGGGAGCUUCGGUGAGCGCUAACACGUCGACGCCGAGGACGGUUCUCCAGCUGGAGAAUAUUUACGAUGAUGCCACUGACUGCGUGGGCGGUGGCGUCAAGGGGAGUAUAGUGAAUGGCUUCGAGAGCACGGCGUCGUUUAGUGCUCUGCCGCUGCAGCCGGUGCCCAGGGGCGGUGAAGCUUCCGGUCCGAUUGACCGCGGCUUCUUUAUGUCCGGUCCGAUCGAGCGAGGCGCUCUGUCCGGUCCCCUCGAUGCCAACGCCGGCUCGGACGGCGGAAGAGUCCAUUUCUCGGCUCCAUUAAACGGACUUUAUGUGAAAAAGAAGAGGAAGAAGGGUAUUUCGGCGAUUCGGAAGGCUUUUUACCGGAAUUUUUCCGAGAAGAAGCGACCUUGGGUGGUGCCGGUGCUGAAUUUCGUCGGCCGGAAGGAAGUUCCUGCGGCCGGAGAUGGGGGCGACUCGGAGGUGAAGAGUGAGAGCAAUGUUCAGUGGGCUUUAGGGAAGGCGGGGGAGGAUCGGGUGCAUGUGGUUGUAUCCGAAGAGCAUGGGUGGUUGUUUGUUGGGAUUUAUGAUGGGUUUAACGGCCCUGAUGCUCCCGAAUUCUUGAUGGGUAAUCUCUACCGUGCUGUAUUUAAUGAGCUAGAAGGUUUAUUUUGGGAUGUUGAGGAAGGCGAUCCAAUAGUUUCAGGACAAGAAUGUUCAAAUGUAACUUCAGAAAAUGUGGUCGUUGUAGAGGAAGCCACCAAUCAAUCGAUGGAGAGCUGUGUUCGAGAGGUUGGAAAUGAGUCGAAUAAUAAGGAAAUUGGCGUCGGUCAUGAAGAUUCAAACCCGCCGCCUACUGAUCGAGGAUCAGCAAAAAGGGUGACGUUUCAACCUGAACCACCAGAGAUUAGACGAAGGCGUCUAUGGGAAUUUCUUGCUGAGGAUGAUCAGGAAGAUGGGCUUGAUCUUUCUGGUUCAGACCGAUUUGCAUUUUCCGUUGAUGAUGCACUUAGUGUAAACAAUGCAGGGUCUGCAGUAAGUAGGCGAUGGUUGUUGUUGUCAAAAUUGAAGCAUGGGUUAUCAAAGCAUAAGGAGGGUCAUGGUCGAAAACUAUUUCCAUGGAGGUUUGGUUUAGAGGAUAAAGAGAAAGUUGAAGUUGAUAAUAGAGUAGAGGAGACGUCAGGUUCCAGAGGUAGGAAAAGGAAAGUGGGUCCUGUUGAUCAUGAGUUGGUAUUGAAGGCAAUGUCUCGGGCCUUAGAAUUGACUGAGCUUGCAUAUUUGGACAUGACAGAUAAGGUUCUUGAUCAGAAUCCAGAGCUUGCUCUGAUGGGUUCUUGUUUACUGGUUGUGCUCAUGAGAGAUGAGGAUGUGUAUGUGAUGAAUGUUGGUGAUAGCCGAGCUCUUGUUGCACAGUAUGAAACGCAAGAAGGUAGUUCUAGUGUGGAGUCUAAGGGGGAGGGGAAGAAUAGGUCAAACAUAGAUGAUAUAGUUGAAGUGUCCACAGAUGGCUGUGAGAAAGAAAAUAAGGUGGUAAAUGAAGAUUUUGUUAAAGGGAUGCGGUUGACUGCAUUGCAAUUGUCCACUGAUCACAGCACAAGCAUUGAAGAAGAAGUCAUAAGAAUCAAGAAUGAACACCCAGAUGACAGCCAAUGUAUAGUCAAUGAUAGAGUGAAAGGUCGUCUUAAGGUCACCAGAGCAUUUGGCGCUGGAUUUCUCAAACAGCCCAAAUGGAAUGAUGUUCUAUUAGAAAUGUUUCGGAAUGAGUAUAUUGGCACUGCACCUUACAUAUCAUGUUCGCCUUCCCUUUGUUAUCACCAACUCUGUCCGAGAGAUCAGUUUCUGAUCCUCUCAUCUGAUGGAUUAUAUCAGUAUUUAAGCAAUCAAGAAGUGGUUUGUGAGGUCGAGAAAUUCAUGGAGAAGUUUCCUGAAGGAGACCCUGCCCAGCAUUUGAUAGAGGAGCUUCUUUCCCGUGCUGCAAAGAAAGCUGGGUUGAAUUUCCAUGAAUUGCUGGACAUCCCACAAGGAGACCGCCGGAAGUACCAUGAUGAUGUCACUGUCAUGGUGAUCUCCCUAGAAGGGAGAAUUUGGAAAUCAUCUGGGAAAUACCUCUGAAUCUUCAUAUCUUAGGCAGCGUCUCAAUUUGUGAUUCUCCAUAUACAAGUGACUGAGUUUUGAUUCUCGAGCUGAGGUGCUCUAUUUGGAAAGCUCCAGUGCAGGCCCAUUUUUCAUGGGUCCCAAAAGGAUUCUUUAAUUUCAUACAUAAAGCAUAUAGUUAAAAGGGGGAACCCCUGGUGAUAAUGGCAAGACUAGUCUUAGAUAUUCAUCCAGACUGACAAAGAUGGUUUCGGGAUGGAAAAUGGGGGAAUUGCAGAUGGAAUUUGUUGGGAGAAGUGCUCUCUAGUAGAAGGGUAUCUAUUUAAAUUUUUUCUUUCUUUCAAUUUCCGUUCUUGUCCCUUUUGAGAUUUUGCAUAUAUGGAGGCUCUCCAUUCAUUUGUCUCCUUUAUUCCUUUGAUGUUUCAAAGCCUGAAAGAAAAAGAAAAAAAAAUAGUCUGUAAUUUGGUGGGGGUUUAAUUUUAAUUUCUCUGCUUGAGCAAUUUCCUUUUCAAA